CUGUUCAAUUGUCCAACCUCCUCUUUGUAUUGUUAGCUCAGCAUCUGGAAGGAGAUCAUUACAGCUGGGGAAAAUUAGAGGUUAGAUGAUGGGAAUGGGUAGUUUGUCUUGACACAGCAUGUCACUGCUGGAAUGCCGACAACACACAAGAGAGGUGCAGAGGGAACACCAGUCGGGAUAUAGGAUGCCUCGGAGAUAGACGAGCCCAAUGACGCAACGGGUUUACUCAAUACAUCUUGAAAGUGCGAGGGACAGGAUAAUACUUGCAGGGUUUCCCACGUCUCCUAUGACCCAACGCAGGCUGAUCACUUGGAAACUGACAGAUAUAACGUGACAGGCUCACAGAUCCUCCUCGGACUUCUGGAAACAAGCUUCUCCGGAUGGACCAACAAACUUUCAUGAUGGCAUACUUUGUAUUACUUUUUCUACCUUGUGUUUUCAGUUCAAGGGGGCGCAUACUGUCUGCUCGGUAUGAAUCCAUGACCUCACAAGUGCCAUACAGCGGGGUCCGGAAAGUUCUAACAACAGACAACAAAGAAUGUAAAUUCCCAUUUCGUCAGGGGGGAAGAAUUCAUCACCACUGCCUCACCAUCCGGUCCUCCAAACCCUGGUCUGCUUUCACUCACCGACGCUGCAGUGGGGGCCACCGUAGCCCCACCUGCAGUUACGAGCCAGAGUCAGAGUGCUACACCGGCAGGGGCACAGAUUACAGAGGGGUGGUGGACACGACGGUGUCCGGCACCCGCUGUAUGGCCUGGAACUCAGACCUGCUGUACGAUGAGCUGCACGUGGGCACGGUGGAAAACUCGGCCCGCAAAGGCCUCGGGAAUCAUGCCUACUGCAGAAACCCAGAUAAAGACAAGAUGCCGUGGUGCUACACGCUAAAUAACGGUGCCAUCUCCUGGGAGCACUGUGACGUCCCCGCCUGUGUGAUGUCUGUGUCCUUUUCACGAAGGAUUAUGCCAUUUAAUGUCCCGAAGCCUUCCAAUCGCGGUAAAAAGCAUGUGUGUGGGAAAAGGCACGAGAAGAGGUUAUCGAUAGCCAAGGGCCGGAUAAUGGCCGGAAACUCAGCGCUGCCAGGGACUCACCCCUGGAUGGCAGCCAUUUACAUCGGAGAGAAAGGCUUCUGCGGCGGCACUCUGGUCUCCUCCUGCUGGAUCGUCUCUGCGGCUCACUGCUUCUUCAGCAACCCCCUGAGGUCUCAGCUGAGGGUGGUGCUCGGCCAGCAGAGUUUCAACGUCACGGGUCCAAACACCAGGACGUUCGGAGUGCAGGAGUACAUCUUAACAAAACAGUUCUCAGUGUUUAAUCCAACACUACAUGACAUUGCUCUGAUUAAGCUGGCGAAGCAGGACGGGCGGUGCGUGAGGAGAACUCCGUUCAUCAGACCCAUCUGUCUCCCGGACAAAAGCAUGGCGUUCCCUGAUCACUUCUGCUGUAGCAUCAGCGGCUGGGGACACAUGAGUGAGAAGGCAGAGGGUUACUCUAGUCUGCAGGAGGCUGGAGUGAGACUGAUUCCUCAUGACCAUUGUAAGAAGCCACAUGUUUAUGGCAACCAUUUCACUGCUGACAUGAUUUGUGCGGGGCAGAACGGCUGUGCGGACGCCUGCCAGGGCGACUCGGGGGGCCCUCUGGCCUGUGUGCGCCAUGAUGUCAGCUUCCUGUAUGGCAUCAUCAGCUGGGGAGACGGCUGCGGCCGCUCCGACAAACCCGGUGUUUACACUAAAGUGACGCAUUAUAUCGAUUGGAUCAAUUCAGUGAUCACACGCAAACCCAAGGCUUUGUGAAUUGAUGUUACCUGGAUAAUAGCUUUAAUAUAUAAUAUUUUGUACUUUAUUUGAUUGUUUUAUAUUUAUAAUGCUUGUGGAAGUUUAUAGAUUAUCUUUUUUAGCUGUGAAACACUUUGUGACUGAAUAAACCUUUUAUGACUU